UGCCCCAAACCAGAGCUCUGCCCCAAACAAUCUUCAACGCCACCUAUGUUGGCAGCUGUGCCGUUGACCAGGCAGGCAACAUUGGUAAACCGCGAAAACCGAAACCGAGAACAGCAUGGACGGCAUGGACGGUGUGUAUCAACUGUGCUUGGAUAAUGACGAAGCGCAGCGUUUGCUUUUUACAAUGUGCAGCACAAAUGGGGCAAGCAGCAUUAGUACCGGAGCCAGUCAGCAGGCCGGCCCAUCUGGAGCUCAACUAACCCCCAGAUCCACUGCAGUUGCAGAAUGGACAGACGGAGAAACGAAGCUCCUGCUUGACAAGUAUGGCUUGUACCUCGAAAAAAUUGGCCCUCUAAAACGCUUCAAAAAUAGGAAAUCAAUGUUUCAGAAGAUAUCUCAGGACAUUUUAAGUAUAUUGGGCACCGAAAAAACACACAUACAGUGUGAGAAUAGAGUAAAAACAAUAUUAAGACGCAAGAGGCAUGCCAUCAAAAACAACAGUCAAUCAGGAGCUUCGCCGCUCCCUGUUCCAUACCAAGAGGAGCUCCAGGCAAUCCUCCGCAAAGACGACAGUAUUGAUCCCGAAAUUUUGCGGGACGCCCAUGGGGUGACAUACAGAGGGGUAUCGACCACUCACACUGCACAAGGGGUCCCCUCGCCUACUGUCACUACCGUACAAGCCAGCACCACUCAGGCUGGGAUUGUCAUUCCUGAUCCCCCUCAAGAACAGGAAUUAGCACCUUCAAAUGAGGAGGGGUUAGUAUAUUUUCCAGAAUCUACCGGCAGGCAGCUAGAAUAGGUGUCCUCAAGAUAUAUUGCCUAUAUGUGCCUUUUGCAGUGCCUCAUUCCCCACAUCACCACCAAUGGGGUAGAGUAUUGCCUCUGGCGAUGAACAUCCCCACUCUCCAUCUCAAAAUAAAGUUGUUGUUGUGUUUUGCAGUGGACAGCUGGAGAGUGACAGAGAUGGCAGGGAACCACGCCCAAAGCGCAGACAACGGCCAAGCACUGCACGCAUGCGUGACAUGAAGCUGUUUUUUGAGAAAAUGGAAGAACUAGAAGAAAAAAAGGAACAAAGAAGAAUGGAACGUGAAGACAGGAGGCGAGCGGAACGAGCAGAAAGACAACAAGAAAGGGGAGAGAGGCAUCGCAAGAACAUUGAAAUUCUAGAGAAAAUUCAUAUAGUUCUUGAUGCCCUUAACAAUAAAAUAAAGUGAAUGCUCAAGCCACA